UCAGACCUCCAGAAAAAACCAAAAGACCGAAAAUGAUUUCUUUCUUCUACUUAUUCUCAGUUACUUCCUUGCUCUUUCCAUGGCGACCAUCUCAGCUAUGCCCAAUAAAUUAACACCUUCUGUCCCCAACCACCUUUAUGCAAUAUUCUCUAUCCCAUCUUGUCCUCCUCCACUUUCACAUUUACGUAAAACCCAUCUGAACUUUUCAUCAGUUGCUUUCAAUGGGGUUCGAUCGUUUAAUAAGCAACCUGAUUUCCGAAAGUCAUUCAGACCCAUUAGGGCUUUUGGAUCCAAUUCAAGGUUUUUGCAAAUGGGUGGUCUUCCAGAAACUUCCUCUAAUAGAGAAAUUUCAGUAAAAUCAAGCAGUGCAGAGAGUGGUAGCACUUCCACUAUCUCUCAAAGUGUGUUUGAUUUAUUGCAUUUGGUAGUUUCACUUGGGAUUAUUCUGGCAGUGGAAAAAAUUUUGAAAAAGGCAUUUGUGGAAGCUGCAAUUAAGUUUCCAAGUGCACUUUUUGGCAUGUUUUGUAUAUUCUCCAUCUUGAUGAUCCUAGAUUCCACUAUUCCGGCUGCGGCGAAAAGCUUGGAGGAUUUCUUUCAGCCAGCGCUUCUGUUCAUUCAGAGAUGGUUGCCAUUGUUCUAUGUUCCAUCUUUGGUUGUUUUGCCUCUUUCUGUCAAAGAUAUCCCUGCAGCUUCCGGCAUCAAAAUUAGCUUCAUCGUAGUUGGGGGCUGGCUGGCUACACUUUGUGUCGCAGGAUUUAUGGCUCUCGCUAUAAGAAAAUUGGUAAAGACAGAAAUGACCAAUGCUGAACCUAUGGCAAAACCUUCUCCUUUUUCUACUCUUGAACUGUGGUCAUGGACUGGGGUCCUGGUCAUAUCAUUUGUUGCUGCAUUAUUAUAUCCUACAGCAUUAGGGACUGCUGCUCGGACAUGUCUUCCAUUCCUUCUUGCAUCCACCGCGUUAGGAUACAUAGUUGGUUCUUUGUUGCCAUCAAAUGUGAAAAAUGUUUUUCAUCCAAUUAUUUGCUGUGCACUAUCUGCAGAUCUGGCAGCAUUUGCUUAUGGUUACUUUUCUAAAUUGGGACUUGAUCCUGUUCUAGGAUAUUACCUUACAAAAGUUUCUUCGAACCCUGGAGCGGGUGAUGUGCUGAUGGGAUUUUUGGGAUCUGUAAUUCUCUCAUUUGCCUUCUCAAUGUUCAAACAGAGAAAGCUAGUUAAAAGGCAUGCGGCUGAGAUUUUCACAUCUGUCAUCAUCUCAACCAUAUUCUCGUUGUACUCAACGGCUCUUGUUGGACGACUUGUUGGGUUAGAACCAAGUUUGACUAUAUCAAUUCUACCCAGAUGUAUAACUGUGGCAUUGGCCCUCAGCAUUGUCUCUCUAUUCGAAGGUGCUAAUUCGUCAUUAACAGCAGCUGUUGUAGUAGUAACUGGUCUGGUUGGAGCAAAUUUUGUGCAAGCAACACUUGAUAAACUAAGGUUUCGUGAUCCUAUUGCUCGUGGAAUAGCAACUGCUUCUAGUGCUCAUGGAUUAGGAACAGCAGCUUUGUCAGCCAAAGAGCCUGAGGCUCUACCAUUUUGUGCUAUUGCUUAUGCUCUUAAUGGUAUAUUUGGCUCUUUGAUUUGCUCAAUUCCAGCGGUCAGACAGAGCUUAAUUGCCAUAGUUGGUUAAACAAUCAACUAGAAUGAGUUACAUUUUUAGCUGCUGUUUCCUUAAAUUCCAUUUUCAAUUCUAUGCCAAACAGUACAUAGAGGGAAAGAUGAUAUUGAUAUAACAAGCUAGAUGAAUGAUGCUGUACAGGAUUUGAAGAACCCUAUUUAUGAACAUAUUUCCAUGAAAAAAAAAAAAAAAAAAACCCAUUUUUUAUCCUCUCUGUGAGAAUAAAAUUUUAUUAUUAUAUUGACAAAUAAUUAAUUGUCUCU